AGUUUUCGAAAACUGAAGAGCUGAAAAUUAGUCUUGUAGACAUUCAAUCUGAGAGAAGCUGGCUUGGCAAAGUAAAUUUGAUGUUGCGAGCUCAGUUUACUGUUCACAUUGUUGACAUAGUCCUGUUCGCUGAGUAUCGUGGGUGACAGAACUAAGCAGCUCUGUUCUUUUCAGCCCUAGUCCCUAACCCUGUAAGCAGUAGAUAGCAGUGAGUUCAAUGUGAAGAGCAGCACGAACUUCACGUUCUCGGUAUUUUACAAUGCUAGCCUCACUUCGGCCAUUGUUUGGAUCACUUCCAGCACCCGCCAGACUUUGUUCUCGUACUUUUCAGCAAUGUAGUCGGAAUUUCUUUAUCCAGUGCCCUAAAGCUAGGCCUGCAAAGUCCUUUCAACCCAAUGGUCAUGGAGUGUUCAUUCGCAGAAUGUGCAGUCAAACAGAAAAGGAACAACUUACGAAGGCUGUGUCUCCGUAUAGAAAAAUCACCUAUUAUAUUCUGGCGUUCACAAUGGGAGUUGGUACGGUAGCAUACGUCUUGUCACAUUUGUCAAUUCGCUUGACAAAAUACUUCACCAAGGUAACUUUCGUGGACAGCUGGAAGUUAGGAGUAUUUGUGGGUGGUUUUCUCUCUGGUACUAUGUGCCUGGCAUUGGGCCUGGUAGCUAGACGGUUACUGACAGUAUCACCCGAGCGUGUCUUUCAUCGAUCCAUGAGAUACCUUGUCUCUUCUAGUGCUAUUCGAGAUCACCUUGGAAGUGAUUUGCAUGUUGGAAUGUUCAAGGCCUAUUCCUACCAGCCACGCUUUGCUAGAUUUUCCAAUUGGAGGUCACGUGAUUUCGCUAUCUCAGCCGUGUCUGAUGUGCAGACUUUAGCUAACACCGAGGAAGCAAGUUUUCGAUCGCGUUUGACACGACAAACUGCAGGUUCACCAAACCAACCAGCAGGAAGUCUGCGUUUGCUCUUUCAGCUAUCCGGUGGUGAUCAUGAUGCUAUGGUAAGUGUGGAUGCAUACCAGCAUCUGUUCAAACGCAGUGUUCACAUCAAAUCACUGGCUGUCACUGAUACCCAUGGCCAUUGUAUUGUGCUACUGGGUAAACCAGAAGAUGUCUUCUACCAGGGGAAAAUCAGCCUACGGUAACCCACCUGACACCUGAGCAACAACACCACACAUAGUAAUGCAAUAAUGUAGUGGAUCUCACUGGGAUAUGUGCAGCUUGUGAUGAUGUCACAGCUGCUCAUUUCCACCACACUCUGGAUUGUCUGGAGUCAUCGUUUAUGAUGUCAGAGCUGUUGCUGCUGAACAUGCUAUGACAUCAUAAUGGCUCUCUUGCUGAUGUCACAGUUGUCGAUAGCGGAACACACUGUGGCAUCGCCAGCUGGUGCUAAAGAGUCACAAAGCCCAUGCUAUGGCGGUGCUGUGGUGGUGCCGUGGUAGUGCCGUGGCAGUGCUGUGGUGGUGCCGUGGUAGUGCUUCAUCUCAACAACAUUGCACUUAUUGUACAUACAUGUACACACUUGUAUGGACUUGUAUGUGCACCAAUAUGACAUGUACACACUUGUAUGGACUUGUAUGUGCACCAAUAUGACAUGUACACACUUGUAUGGACUUGUAUGUGCACCAAUAUGACAUGCAUAGUCGGUAUGCAUUACUGUGAAUACACAUGCUCGUGCAUGUGCAGUACAUACAUGUACUAUACAUGUAUGUACCACACAUGUAUGUACUAUACGGAAACCAGUCAACACCGUGCGUAGUGACACCGCAUAACCAAUGUGGCACUGGGGUCUAGCUACUUCUGCUGCUGCUGUGCUUGGCUGGUUUUUGUUUGUUAUCUAUGACUACUAUUCAUUACUACUAUUCAUGGCUACUAUUCAUGGCUUCUAUCCAUGGCUGUUAUUCGCAGCAUUUUGUGGAUAGAAGGAUCGGCAAAACCAUAUGCAUCUGACUGCUAUGAAUGCCUUGCAUGCCUGUCAUGUAGCAUAUCUGCCUGCUGCUAACAAGCAAGUAUGCUGUCCUACACAUCAUUAUAUUCAGAGAAUCUGCCGGCUAGUUUCUCAUGUCCUCCUCAGCACCCCCUCCCCCCCCCCCCCCCACACACACACCCAGCCCCUAACCAAACCAACACUCCUUUCCUCCUUGUGACAUACGUCAAUAUUGGAUACUGAUCAUCUUCCUUCUCAUUUGUAUGUUUGAGAAAGAUCUUUCCUUCCUCUA